CCAUCUCCUCUUCCCGCCCUCCCUGCAACAGGGGAUCCCUCCAGUGACCCCCCGACUCCCCCUCCCGGCCCGCCCCCGGUGCAUCCACGAGAAUCACCUCCCAGCGAUACCCCCGGCCAGCGUACGGCGCUCCCCGGCCCAACGCACACCCCCCCACUCUUCUUGUGUUUGUCCUUAUUCCGGCCUGUUUUCUUCUAUCUCCGACACUCCCACACAACCUGCCCAAAAACGAAAUCGCGCAAUCGCCUCUGUCCCAGACACCCCCCCUCCUCCUCUCCUCCCCUCCCAACGCGCCCCGCCGGCAGCGCCAGCAAUACCUGCCGUCAACGUCCUUUCGACAGCCCCGCAACAUCUUGCGCGUGACGCGAGAACAAGCUGAAGAGGUCUAGAACGCGGCUGAAGUAAGCUGUCGCGUGGCAUCCCCCCUUCUUGUCAACACCCCACGGGUAUACUAAGGGUAUACGUACUCUUUCCUCUAGCGCGACGCGUAUCCACUACGUCGACUGGGCACCAUGGCCACCCUCGCCCAGCCCAAUACCGCCCCGCUCAAUACCACCAGGAAAUCGCCCAACCUCACAUCCUCCUCCACCCAACAGGUCCUCUCUCCCAGAGUUCCUUCCCCUUCCAAUGUCCCGACCUCUGUCUCAGAGUCGAACGGGCUCGGUCUUGGGCUAGGGCAUGACCAUGACCAUGACCAUGGGCACCCCCACGGCCACGCACAUGCCCAGUCUUUCUCUCCGUCAGCAGAGGAAGACCAGCUGGUCAACACGGAUGGAAAGGUGUUGCCGGGGCAGUUCAAGGAUCAGAAAUGUGGGGGCUGCGGAGAGAUCAUUGACCCUACGCAUAUGGGCGUGGUGGUUGCUUUUGGGACGACACUAUGGCACGUCGACUGCUUUAGAUGCGCUAAAUGCAAGGAGAAGGUGUCGGCGGACACCAACCUCUUGCUGCUGUCCGACGGCAGUCCCGUUUGUGGCAACUGCUCGUACCAAUGCUUUGUCUGCAAAGAGGCAAUCACAGAAGAAGCCAUCAUGACGGGCGACGAGUCUUACCACGCGCAUUGCUUCACGUGUCGGACGUGUAAAAGGCGCAUUGAAGAGCUUGUCUUUGCCAAGACUAGCCAAGGGAUAUAUUGCAUGUCUUGCCACAAUGAGAGAGUAGCAAAGUCUCGGCGUCACGCUGAAGCAAAACGCCAAAGACAAGCCCGGCGCGAAGAAAAAGAACGUGAAAAAAGGGAACGCGAAGAAGCAAAGAUGGAAGAGGAGACUGCCAACAGGCAGACAUCUUUGUCCACUCCUCUACCGAAUCAAGGCGCCAGCGCACCAGCAUCGACGCCUUCACCUAGACCCUGGUCACCAUAUGCCCACGGGCCGGGCGAGCACGACGACGCUGAAAGAGAUCAGGGCAGGCGAGAUCUGGCUGUAGGAGACAGAGGUCUGGCGAGGGCGGGGUCUCCCGCGGGUAAACAGUUGGCUGAAGCUUCUGCCAUGCCUCUGCCCGCGUCCCCAUCAGAAAGCGAAGGUACCCGUCCACUCCGCCCGCCCGAAGCGUCUUCACCCCAACCGCAGUACCAGCAGCGUCCCGGCCAACCGCUCCCGUCUCCUCAAGGGCAGAGCCAACAGCAGCCAACUCUUGGGGCGGGGUUGGGCGUGCCGUCCACCAGUAGAGCCGAGAAAAGACGUUCGAUCAAUCCAGGCAUGACCUAUGGGAUGGACGCGCCCAAUUCAACGUUCAUGGAGCAGCGUCUCCCGCCAUCGCCUCUGCGUGCUUCCUUUACAGACGCCAAGGCAAAUCCGAACGCAAACAUCAACGCCGGCGACAAUGGUGAAAGACCGAUUAGGUCGCCAACGUCGCCAUCACCGUUCAUAGGUGGCCAGUCGCUACCGUUGAGAGAUGGUCCGGGGUCGGGUGGAAGCGGGAGCGGAAGUGGUACCGGGGGAGGUAGCCAGCUGCAACAAGCUCAGGCGCAGGCGACUGAGCAUCUACGCAACCGUUCCGGUACUCCCGAGCAACAGCAGCAGCAGCAGGUCCAACCGCCAUCUCAGGCCCCGCCGAGAACAACCUCUUUGCCGGAUCACCUUGCUCAAGCUCAACAGACGCGGUCGAGGCCUGGCACAAGGACAGAGGAGGAUGGUGCUCAGGAGGCGGCUUUGCAAAGUCAAGAGCCGGGACAAGGGCAAGGGCAGGAGAAGAAGACGCCCAAACUCAACGCACCUGACCUGCCGCCGAUAUCAUUCUCGCUAUCCGACCCCGACUUUGCGCUGAUCUUGAAAAACAUGGAUCAAUCACCCAACAAGGCUGCUCGAUCCGAGUUUGAGAACGGCCAGGAUGAAGAAGAGGGAUCAGCGUCCCAGUCGUUGGCGAGAAGCCCAAGUCUGGACAUGCUCUCUGCUAUCAACUCUGACCCCCAGGCUCAGUCUCAUCCAUCUCGACCUCAUCUAACACCGCACUCUUCCGACCCUUACUCGCAGGUCAGGCGCCAGGCUUCUGCGGACAGCACAUUCUCCGUCCGUUCCCGCCUUGGCUCCAAUACUGGCGCGCCGAGCGAUCUCCAUCAACUGGUGGAGCUGCUAGCAGAAGCCAAAUUCAGAGAAAAAGAUAAUGUCAAUGUGGAUGUGGGCGUGUUGACCGGUGUGAUCAGGGAGGUGGAAGAGAUGAGGGAAGCGAUGAUGGGGCUGAAAAACAAGUAUACUGGAGCCAAGCGCUCGAGUCAGCAAUACUCUGAAGGCCUUUCUGUCGCCGGCGAAGAAUACGACAAGGAACGCACCCGCCGUACCGAGCUUGAAACCGAAGUUUCCCGUCUGCGCGCCCAGCUUCAUUCUCAGACUGCGCGUAUGAGUGUGAUUUCGGGCGACGAAAAGAGGGCAGAGAACAUGAAGAGGAGAAGCAAGGAUCUGGCGAGUAGCUUGACCGGGUUGGAGAGGGAUAUAUCGAGAUUGAGGGUUGAAAGGGAUGUGAGAUUGGCAGAAGUCGACGAGUUGGCUGAACGGGUCGGAUCGUCAAAUGUUGAACCAAACAAGAUAUCACAAUCAAUCUCCACCCGCCUCGACACAAUCCGCUCACAGUACGCGCAAGAACUCGAGUCUCUCUCCUCUCAGGUCGAGUCGCUCCAACGCGAAAUCACCGAGCUUCGUCAGAUAAAGGAGGCCAGUCUCGAAGAGUCUGCAGCUCUGGCAGCGAAGAACGAGGAUCUAUCCGAGUUGUGCUCGCAAUUGACAAGACAGACGGAGAGCCUGCAGGACAGCUUGUCGAGAGCGCGGCCACCGACGAUCUUUGGCAACGGAAGCGUGUUUGGAGGCAAGGGGAGCAAAGGGCACCACCAUUUGCAGAAUUCUCCCAGUCUGGCUUCGUUGACAGGCCAAGGGCUGCAGGACGUGCCGGAAGAAACGGUGACGGCAAGAGUGGUAAAGGUGACCAAACCGGAAACCGCCGAAGCAGCCCCCGUCAAGCGCUUCAAAUGGUACAAGUCUUCAAAAGGACCGGAGGCUUCGUCAUCCCCUGCCAACAUAUCAAAACCAAUUGGUCUCGAUAAAGAGGCUGCCCUCACUCAAACGUCCUCGACAGAGAAGGAGAAGGGUAACAAGACUCGGGGUGGUAUGUCGUUGGGUGUUGCGGGGCUGGCGAUGGGUGGACUGGCCGGAGGUCUAUCCGCGAGACCGAGCACCGAGUUUGGAAUGCGGGACCAUACCUUCCAGCAACAUACAAUGAUGCGUUUCACGAGGUGUGAGCUUUGUGGGGAAAAGAUGUGGGGGUUGCAAGAGGUGAAAUGUAAUUCUUGUGGGAUUGUGUGCCAUAGCAAGUGCGCGGAAAAGUUGCCGAGAGGGUGUACGGGAAGUAAGGUUUUGAAGGAAGAGCCCGAGGGGCCUUUACUUCCAUCAAUGUUUGGCCGCCCUCUCACCGAACAGGUCCAAGCCGACCAACAGAUGAUUCCCACGAUUGUCACCAAAUGUAUCGCCGCCGUCGAAAAAGUCGGUAUGGAGUACGAAGGCAUCUACCGAAAGACCGGUGGCUCCUCUCAGUCAAAACAAAUCACUCAACUGUUUGAAAGAGGCGACUACGAGUCGUUUGAUUUGACCGACGUGGAUACGUUCAAUGAUAUAUCGAGUGUCACCUCGGUGUUGAAGACGUAUUUCAGGUCAUUGCCAAACCCGCUCUUCACUCACGAGCUGCAUGAGAGUUUUGUGACUGCUGCUACUAUCCGCGACACGAGCAACAAACGCCAAGGAUUCCUCGCACUCCUGCAAGAGCUCCCUACAGAACACUAUAAUACUCUCAAAGUGUUGAUGCUCCAUCUCAACCGGGUCACGGCGCACAGUGCCGAGAACUUGAUGACGUCGCAAAAUCUGGGAGUGGUCUUUGGUCCUACCUUGAUGCGCUCAUCGGAUCCCAGCAGAGAGUUUGGGGAUAUGGCGGGCAAGGCUCUGAGUGUUCAGUGGCUGGUAGACAAUGCCCUCUCGGUGUUUGGACAAGACCGCGAGUAGGGGGGCAGCUCACGAGCCGAGAUCGUGCUUUGUACCAUAUACCCUGUGGACAUGGUGGACAUUCGUCUCGGCGAUCUUUCUAUCUUUUCUUUCUUUGUGUACUUCUCCUAUCUUUGUUCUACCAUUUUCCUCAUUUUCUCUUUUUACACAUGUCUUAUGAAGGGGUUUCUUUAUGCAGGUUUUCCCAAGAGGUAAUAUGUUUUUUGGGGCGUUUCUCUUCUCUUUUCUUUCUAGGACAAUGCAAGAGCAUUCUAUGACUGAGGAUAGUGUACAUGAGACUGUUACAAGACAAG